AUGGCACAGCCCUUACAGAGAGAAUUCGGCGGAACCACCAACUCUCGCACACUACAAUACUGUGUACUACUAAGUUACACUGCUGCUGCAUGGUUGUCUCAGAACAAUCGGAAAAGCCUUGAUAUCAGAGGGACAGGGCAGCCACUUCCUGAACGUCGAUCUUCUGCUCCUGUGAAACAAUCGCAGCCACCAACGGCUGGCUGGAACGACAAUGGAAAAUCAAUCAAUAACACAAUCUACACGCGUGAAAGCCCCAAAUUACUCGGGGCCAUCUCGUGCCCUCGCCUACUCGACACCCUGGUACUACGAGCUAAGGUUCAAGAGGAUCUCCGCUUCGAGAAUAAGCAGAAUCAGUCAUCACAGAUUUUCAACAAGCAUGGCAUUACAUAUGCAAACCACCCUGUCCUCCUCCCCGACGGAAGCACCAGUGAAAUUGCGGAUGGAAGCGAUUUCCUGCACGUUGUCCGCCAAGACUGCACCAUUCUCCGCCCUGCGAUGACUGCGUAUUGGACCAUUCUUCUUCAGGAAGAUGCUAGGUUCAAAUAUUACCAGCGAGAGCUCUCUGGCGCCAAUAAUGGCCAGAAUCGCGUCCGUUGCGCGUGGUUUGAGGAGGAUCGAAUUGAUACCAGCGAGAAGUUGGGUAUUCCAACAGUCCGACGAGGUUCGCGCAAUGUUUCGCACACAGGAUUGGACUAUCCAGGUGGAAAUAUUUCACUAUGA